AUGAGAGAAAAGUUGAAAGAGUUCAGCAUCGAUGACGACGGGCAAUUGCGUGGUUAUUGUGAAUCUCAAGCAGAAAUUAAUGUACUUCUGACCCAGCUGAAGUGCGUCGGUUAUUCGUACUCGGUGAGAAUAAGCACUCAACAGCCAAAAUCUUCAGAUGCGUCAAGGAGUUGUCCAAAAUUUUACUUCAGACUUAAGAGUGGGAGCGUGGAUAUCCGAUUUUUCAGAUAUCCUUUCUCAGUGGAAGAUGGAAGUCACAGGGAAUGUAUUCUUGGCCCGAAGUACUACAAAGAAAAGAAAGGGGUUCCUGUUCCAGAUCACCUGGCUGACCAUAUGAACCCCAGGAAGAGACUGUUAGACACAAAAAAAAGUGGUUGCCCAGCUACAUUCUCUGUUAAAUGUAUCCGGGUAUACCCUGGAUAUUCAAUUGAGUCAGAGGGGGCUCAUCCUAAUAUUAAGAAAAAGGUAUGGAGUUAAUGAAGAAUCCACAGGGCUUUAAUCAAUAGAGAAAGUGCUAAAGCAACUGGAAACAUAAAUGUUAUCAUUAUCAACAGAAAUGAAACUUUUUUUAACUUAUUGAGAAGCAGACCAGAUCAUA